AUGUUUCCAUGUGCAUUAACAAUUGCGGGUUCAGACUCAGGGGGUGGAGCUGGUAUCCAGGCUGAUUUGAAGACUAUGACCGCGCUUGGCGUCUAUGGAGCUUCUGUGAUCACUGCGUUGACAGCUCAAAACACAAUCGGAGUCCAGGCUGUACAUGUUCCUCCGACAUCUUUCGUCAAGCAGCAGCUGGACAGCGUCUUCAUAGACAUUGAAUUUUCGGUCGUCAAGACAGGCAUGCUUCCCAAUGCUGAGAUAAUCAAAAUUGCUGCGAAUGCUGUUCGCUCAUACAAUGUCUCCACUCUUAUCGUUGACCCAGUGCUUGUAGCCACCAGUGGUGACUCACUCGUAUCUGGAGACUCUACGUUAAACGCCCUCAUCUCCGACUUGUUACCCCUUGCUACUCUGGUGACCCCGAACAUCCCUGAAGCCUCCAAGCUCACUGGCAGGCCCAUUCACACUUUGACAGAUGUGCGGCGAGCAUGUGUAGCCAUACAUGCCAUGGGAUGCAAGAACGUGUUGAUAAAAGGAGGGCAUCUAGGCUUUGACACCCCUCGGCAACAACGCCUUUCAGGUGAUGAAGUCGACCCCGAUGUCGCGACUGAUAUCUUGUAUGAUGGAAAAGACUGGCAGGCAUUCACAAAACCGCGCCUAGACUCAAGUAGUACACAUGGAACUGGAUGUACCCUCGCCUCAGCAAUUGCUGCCGAGGUAGCAAAGGGACAGCCAUUGCAACAGGCAAUUACUACAGCUAAAGAAUACGUCUAUCAAGCAAUCAACUCGGCCUUCAGGGUUGGAAAUGGGUGCGGACCGCUGAAUCAUAUGCAUCCAUUCCUCAGCAGCUGA